CGCCGCGUCACUUUUCUGGAGCAUCGAGCAAGACGCAUCCAUUGCGGGACGCUGCUGGUGCAGGCACAAACAGCAUCAGCAACUUCAGCUAUGGCUCGGGAUGAGGAGGCAGCGAAGCAGCAACAGCCUGCCACGGUGAAAUCGGGCGACACCAGUUUCCCCCGGUUUGAGCGGGACGGUGUGUACGGAUCGCAGCACGAGCUGCAGAACUACGACGUCUGCCUCCCGCGCCCGCUGGAGGAGAGCAGCCCGGAAAGGACGGUGUGGGUGAUCUUCAUCCACGGCGGCGCGUGGCGGGAUCCGUCUCAGGACAAGUCCGAACUGCAGCCCGCUCUCUCGCAGCUCCUCGCCUGCCCGGACUCCCUGACGCUGCAGUGCAUUGCCGGCUUCGCGGCGCCCAACUACGGCCUCUCGACGCACGCGCCCGACGACGAGUCCAAGCCGGCGGGCCUGCGCGUGCGGCACGACCGGCACAUUGCCGACGUCGUCCUGUCGCUCUGCCACCUGCGGCAGAAGUACAACGUCGGUGCCGAGGGCGGGUACAGGUACGUCCUGGUCGGGCACAGCGCCGGCGCGACGCUCGCGUUCCAAAGCGUGAUGCGCAGCAGCGCCCGCUCAACCCUUCUGCCGGCCAGCGCGGUCGUCGGGUUGGCGGGGAUCUACGACUUGCCUGCCCUCGUGGAGAACCACGCCGACGAGCCCUUCUACAGAAAGAUAGUCGUCGAUGCGUUCGGGGAGGACGAGAGCGUGUGGAGGGAAGCUAGCCCCACGAACGCAGCAUAUGAUCGGGCUUGGAGGGAGGGUGGUCUGAAGACCGUGAUCCUGGGCGCGAGCGAGGGCGAUGUCCUCGUUGAGAAGGAGCAGUGGCAGGAGAUGCAGAAGACGCUGGAGCACCAAGGGUGGAAGACGUUGCGCAGCGAGGAUGAAGCGCGAGCGAGCAGCGAACAGCAGAAGGAAAUUGUCUUGCUGCGGCUGGAAGGCACGCACGAUCAGAUUUGGAGGCUGGGCCACGGCGUCCGCAAAAGUAUCGAGCUGGUUAUCUCUAGAUUGUUUCCCUCGAAGGUGUGAAGAUCUACAUUUAUCUAGGCACGAGACGGUCCAAUGAACGAGGGCAGUCUGGCAUAUCAUUCACAUUGCAGAAACGUCCCUCGAUCACGUUUGCUGGCCUGCAUCAGUGGUAGUAGAACAAUUGGUUGCAUAGAACGAGUCGAAUAUAAUGCUCGCAUAUGCCCAUAUGCUGCAUGUUGCGACUAGAUAUUCGCGAAAACAAAAACCCCAAAGCACAUGCCGCUUGCCGGGAGUUCAUGAAGAUUUCCGCUCCCCAAUCUGUUAGUAUACAUACGUCAAUCGCGAAAGGAAACGCCGUAACACUAUGCAGAGACCUCCAAAG